AUGACGAAUGAGAGAAUUCCCAACUCAAGUCAAACUCAGGAGCAAGACUGCUUACAGAGUCGGUGUGUCAGUGAUGGUGAAAAAAUGACAGUUGAGCAAGAAAAUGACGGUGAUGCAGAGAGGGAGGAGAGCCUCCCCUCUUGUUCCUCUGCCAGUGGGCCCUCCACCUCCACGGAGGGGUGUCCGUGGGAAGCUGCGAGGAGAAGGCCUGCGCUGCUGCACAUCGACAGACACCAGAUCCAGGCAGUGGAGCCCAGUGCUCAGGCCCUGGAGCUGCAGGGGCUGGGUGUGGAUGUCUAUGACCAGGAUGUGCUGGAGCAAGGUGUGCUGCAGCAGGUGGACAGUGCCAUCCAGGAGGCCAGCCAUGCUGCCCAGCUCGCGGAUGCAGAGAAAGAGUACCAGUCCGUCCUGGAUGACCUCGCGUCAUGUACGACAUCCCUAAGGCAAAUCAAUAAAAUUAUUGAACAACUUAGCCCUCAAGCUGCCACCAACAAAGACAUCAACAGGAAACUAGAUUCUGUAAAACGGCAAAAAUAUAACAAGGAACAACAGCUAAAGAAGAUCACAGCAAAACAGAAACGCCUGCAGACCCUCCUGGGAGGAGUGGCGGUAAAAGUUGGACUAGAGCAUGCCGGUCCGGAGGAGGAGGACGAAGAAGCGGGCCCGUCCUGUCUCGGCAGCAUGCUCAUGCCUGCUCAGGAGACUGCUUGGGAGGAGCUCAUCCGCACUGGCCAGAUGACGCCUUUUGGUACCCAGAUCCCUCAGAAACAGGAGAAAAAGCCUAGGAAACUAAUGCUUAACGAAGCAUCAGGCUUUGAGAAAUAUUUGGCAGAUCAAGCAAAACUGUCUUUUGAAAGGAAGAAGCAAGUUUGUAAUAAAAGAGCAUCUAAGAAAACUCCAGCCUCGGUUACUUCUGAGCUGAGCCCAACACUCAGUGAAAACAAACCAAACAAGAGAAGCAAAGUUCUUUCGAAAACAGACAAGCGCUUGAAAAAGCACAUCAAGAAACUCCAGAAGCGGGCUCUCCAGUUCCAGGGGAAAGUGGGAUUGCCAAAGGGAAAGAAACGCUUGGAGUCUGAUGUGAGGCCAAAGGCAGAGGGAGAUUCUGAGGGUGAAGAGUCCGAGUACUUACCCAGCGAGGAGGAGGAGCGGGCGGCGGCAGAGGUGGACCUGUCUGCAGAAGGCACCGACUCUGAGCUGGGGCCUGUGCUCCAGCGGCGGAAAUGUAAGAAGAAAACAGCAGCGCAGGAGAUGGACGGGGGGAGUUCUGGGGAAGAAGCUGAAGCUGCCAAAGGAGGAGGUCGGAAAGGAGUGAGAUGCCGAGACGAUGGAGAUGAAGAUUAUUACAAACAGCGAUUGAGGAGAUGGAAUAAGCUGAGACUGCAGGACAAAGAGAAGUGUCUGAAGCUUGAAGAUGAUUCUGAGGAAAGUGAUGCUGAGUUUGAUGAAGGUUUUAAAGUGCCAGGUUUCCUGUUCAAAAAGCUUUUCAAGUACCAGCAGACAGGUGUUAGGUGGCUGUGGGAAUUGCACUGCCAGCAAGCAGGAGGAAUUCUGGGAGACGAAAUGGGAUUGGGCAAGACCAUCCAGAUAAUUGCCUUCUUGGCAGGUCUGAGCUACAGCAAGAUCAGAACUCGUGGUUCAAAUUACAGGUUUGAGGGGUUGGGUCCGACAAUCAUUGUCUGCCCUACGACAGUGAUGCAUCAGUGGGUGAAGGAAUUUCACACAUGGUGGCCUCCGUUCAGAGUGGCAGUUCUGCAUGAAACCGGCUCCUACACCCACAGAAAGGAGAAACUAAUUCGAGAUAUUGCUCAUUGUCACGGAAUUUUGAUCACUUCUUACUCCUACAUCCGACUGAGGCAAGAUGAUAUUAGUAGGCAGGACUGGCACUAUGUGAUCUUGGAUGAGGGACACAAAAUUCGAAAUCCAAAUGCUGCCAUCACCCUUGCUUGCAAACAGUUCCGUACUCCUCAUCGCAUCAUCUUGUCUGGCUCACCAAUGCAGAAUAACCUCCGUGAGCUGUGGUCGCUCUUCGACUUUGUCUUCCCAGGGAAGCUGGGCACGUUACCUGUGUUUAUGGAGCAGUUCUCAGUCCCCAUCACUAUGGGGGGAUACUCAAAUGCCUCCCCAGUACAGGUUAAAACUGCUUAUAAGUGUGCAUGUGUCUUACGAGAUACCAUAAACCCAUACCUUCUACGGAGAAUGAAGUCAGAUGUCAAGAUGAGUCUUUCUUUACCGGAUAAAAAUGAACAGGUCUUAUUUUGCCGUCUUACAGAAGAGCAGCAUAAAGUCUACCAAAAUUUCAUUGAUUCCAAAGAAGUUUACAGAAUUCUCAAUGGAGAGAUGCAGGUUUUCUCUGGACUGAUAGCCCUGAGGAAGAUCUGCAACCACCCUGAUCUCUUUUCUGGAGGCCCCAAGACUCUCAGAGGCAUUUCCGAUAAUGAGCCAGAGGAAGAUCAGUUUGGAUACUGGAAACGUUCUGGGAAAAUGAUCGUUGUUGAGUCCUUGUUGAAGAUAUGGCACAAGCAGGGCCAGCGAGUACUUCUGUUUUCUCAGUCAAGGCAGAUGUUGGACAUACUUGAAGUCUUUCUUAGAGCCCAGAAGUAUUCCUAUCUCAAAAUGGAUGGUACCACGACCAUAGCUUCAAGACAGCCCCUGAUCACAAAAUACAACGAGGACACGUCCAUAUUUGUGUUUCUUCUGACCACUCGGGUGGGUGGCCUCGGAGUCAACCUGACGGGAGCCAACAGAGUCAUCAUCUACGACCCCGACUGGAACCCAAGCACAGACACGCAGGCCCGGGAGCGCGCGUGGAGGAUCGGCCAGAGGAAGCAGGUGACGGUGUACCGGCUCCUCACCGCGGGCACCAUCGAGGAGAAGAUCUACCACCGACAAAUCUUCAAGCAGUUCUUGACAAAUAGAGUGCUAAAGGAUCCGAAGCAGCGGCGGUUCUUCAAGUCCAAUGACCUUUAUGAGCUGUUCACUCUGACCAGUCCUGAUGCUUCCCAGGGCACUGAAACAAGUGCUAUUUUUGCAGGAACUGGCUCAGAUGUUCAAACACCCAAACGCCACCUAAAAAGAAAACUUCAGCUGGCCUCUGGAACAGACCAUAACAUUCCAAUAUGCAACAAGUCCCCCGAUCCUGAUGCACCGGCCGGCGGUGACACAGCGUCAGCAGAGAACUCCGCAGCUGGAGGAGCUGCAGUAAAUGCAGUGCCUUCUAACCAAGGGGGCCCUUUGCGAGAGGCCCCUCUGACGCCUGGCACUGAAGCUCGCAGUGACAGCCUUGCUGAGGAGACAGACGCGGUGGGUAGACUGGAGGACUUACCAGUGCCGAGCGCAGAGGGGCAGUGUGCAUGUUCUCCAAGAACCAGUGGCACGGGCAGGACAUCUGGCGGGGAAAGGAUCGGCAAAAAGCAGGGUCUUGCUGGUAAAAGAGAAAGCUGCCAGGUCCGAACUGCGCCUCUUGGGGAGAAUGGACAGACGGACAAUGCCUUCUGUAAGCGCAAGUCGAAAACAAAGCACAGCGUGGCAGAAGAAGGAGCCCAGGAGACGCUUCUGAGGCCAGAGCCAAAGCCUAAGAGCUCCCGGUGCCGCAGAGACGCCAAGUUCGAAGGAACCCGAAUUCCACACCUUGUGAAGAAAAGAAAGUACCGGAAGCAGGACAGUGAAAACGAGCAUGAGAGCACACAGCAGAACCACGAUGACUAUGUUCUAGAAAAGCUUUUCAAAAAAUCAGUUGGCGUGCACAGUGUCAUGAAGCACGACGCCAUCAUGGAUGGAGCCAGCCCUGACUAUGUGCUGGUGGAGGCGGAGGCCAACCGAGUGGCCCAGGACGCGCUGAAGGCACUGAGGCUCUCCCGGCAGCGGUGUCUGGGCGUGGCGUCUGGUGUGCCCACCUGGACCGGCCGCCGGGGCGUCUCCAGGGCCCCAGCAGGAAUAAGGAGUAGAUUUGGUCAGAAAAGGAAUUCCAGCCUCUCUGUGCAGCGUCCUUCGACACCCUCACAGCAGAAAUGCCAGGACGGCACCGUGAAGAAGGACGGGAAAGACCUCAUUUCGGAGCAUUUUAGUGGAAACGUGGAAGCUAUGGAGUCCUCGUCUGGGGCCCUCGCGUCGUCCUCUCUGUUGGCUAAAAUGAGAGCCAGGAACCACCUGAUUUUGCCGGAGCGGCUGGAAAGUGAGAAUGUGUCUCCUCACGAGGCCGGCGCCCCGCCGCCCCCCUGCACGGAGCACGACGACCUCCUGGUGGAGAUGAGGAACUUCAUUGCCUUCCGGGCCCGUGUGGACGGCCAGGCCAGCACGCAGGAGGUUCUGCAGGAGUUCGAGUCCAAGUUAUCAGUUUCCCAGUCUUGUGUCUUUCGAGAACUGUUGAGAAACCUCUGCACUUUCCAUAGAACUUCUGGUGGGGAAGGAAUUUGGAAACUCAAGCCAGAAUACUGCUGA